CUUAAUUUAUUUCUCAUUUCUCUUCAUUCUCACAUACACAUGUAUCAAAUCAUAUAUCUAUUGCAACUGUAAAAAUGUAAUAAUUUUUCUUUUUUAGUCAAAUAACAUGGAUAUCAAUGCCGAAAAGAAAUAUUUUUCCGAAGCACUAUGCUUCUUUUACGAGACGCAGUGGCUUCAUAAUAUACCAGUAACCGAAAUAUUAACUAAAGCGUCUUUAGAUACAAUGCCGAAAGAAUGGAUGGAACAAUUGCAACUUUUGGAAAAUGAGGAACUUAAUAAUUUCGUAGUAGAAAAAGCAAUCAAGUCCGACUGGCCUGAUUCCUUAAAAACAUAUGUUGCAAAAUGUAAGAAACUCAAUAGACUGCCACCCGUGCCCGCGUUAUCUCCCAUAGAAUUGCCGCAAAAUUUUAAGAUAGGUCUCAGCCAAAAGAAACAACAUGAAAUAAUGCACUUGGCUCAUUUAGUAGACGCACAAUGCAAGCGGCAUGAUAUACGAACGAUCAUUGAUUUGGGCGCGGGUUUGGGAUACGUAUGCCAAAUGUUACAUUAUUUGUACGAUUAUCGAGUCCUCGGAUUGGAAAGAGAUAAAAAGAAUGUUGGCAGAGCUUUUACUAGACAGAAAAAAUUGCAUCCCGAUUCUUUGGCUAAAGUUAAGUACAUGCAUUGCGACGUCACGUGCGAUUCGGCCGACGCAAUAGAGACUAUUCUGCGGCAAGAGUUCCCCGACGUCACAGACGUAUGCCUGAUCGGCCUGCACGCCUGCGGAGAUCUAAGUACAAGCGCGUCAAGAAUCUUUCGCGAAAUGAAAUCUGCUAAACUUUUCAUUCUGAUUUCCUGCUGUUACCACAAACUUUCGAUCUCUAAAAGCGUGCAAACUCCAUUGCGGGAAAAACAAUACUUUCACAAUUUUCCUACGUCCAACUGUCUGCGAGAAACAAUCGCGGCGUAUAAUUUUGACGUAGGACAAUUCUUGAGAGUACCCUUUUUGCGCUUGGCGUGUCAAGAAUCGGCGGACAAGUGGCACGGAAUGUCGCAGGAGAAGCACAACGAACAUUCCUUUCACGUUCUCGCUAGGGCCGUGCUCGAAUUGUACUCACAACAAAAUAAUUACGUGCUCAAUAAGAAAGUUCGGAAAGGCACGAGGAAGUCGCAAUGCUCGAAUUUUCAAACUUACGUUAAAGACUCGUUACUAAGAUACGAUUUAGUGCCAGAUACGAACAAAACAGACAGUGUAAUCACACGUGACGAAAUGGAGAAGGGCAUAACGCGAGUGUGGGAGGAACAGAGUGGAAGAUUGGAAGCCGUAGAAAUCUACACUGGUUUGCAAAUGAUGUUACAACUUCCGGCGGAAUCGCUGAUUCUACAGGACCGCUUAUGCUGGUUGCACGAACAAGGCUUGGAGGCUGUCACUGUGCCCGUGAUGAACAAGUGCGUUUCUCCUCGCUCGUACGCGAUCGUGUCUCACAAAUACUAA